UCCUGAUGCCUUUUUUCCCUCUCUAUCUAUCUGAUUCUUGUCUUGUAGAAAGCUCUUUACUUCACCCGAUAUAUUAAAUGAUGAAGUAAAGGGUAACGCUUCCCAAAUUUGCGAAUCCUCGAGGGAUAUCGAGUGGUUUAAUCCUUGUGUAGGAAUUACCACUUCGAUAUAAUAGUCUGAGUUUCGUCUUUGCCUCUUAUUUUCUUUUUCUGGGAUUAUCGAAGUUCCCUCUAAUAUUCUAAUGGAUUGCUCUACUUUGGUUUUUACAAACUCAAAGUCAUCUGUGAGCUUGUUCCAAUCUUUGUCCUUUAGUCUUUUAUCAUAUUUAAGGACUAAAGAUUCGAAUUCUUCUAGGUGAUCCCUCAGGAGUUCUUUUUUCGUUAGAAUUCCUUGAAGUGAUCUUGCCCUAUUUUUGCUUUUGAGUAGAUUUUUAUAUUCCCGUUCAACGUAUUCCUUGAUCUCCUCUAAUCUGGUCAUUGAAUCCUGCUUCCAGCAGCAUAUUAUUUGACCUUAAAAAGAGAAAGGAGAUAUUUGUAGGGAUACCGAGAGUUUUUUCCAAUUUUUAGAUUGUUUGGGUCUUUUUGCUCUAUUCUCCCCUUUUCAUACUUAUGGGAUUAAGUAAUUUUAAUGUAUUUGUGGUACUAAAUUUAGUCCAGUAUCGGCUGAACGUGCUAACUGCCUUCAAUCGUGCAUGUCUUUAUAUGUCUUGGUAUUGGGUAUAGAACCUUUUUGUUCUAUGUGUAGUCUUUUCAUACCACGGCUUUGUUUAAAUUGUGUGCGACGUGCUUCGCUUCGUUCGAAUUGUGUUCCCCUUGCGGCUCUGCGUGAAUUGCUUAGUAUGCAAUUCUUAAGUCGUUUUGGUCGCUACUCCUGGAGUACCACUUUCAUAGUGAGUGUUGCAUGAUGGGCUUUGCUCCGAUGAGUAUGUGUCAAAUUUGUAAUUUUAUUGCUAAUAUUUUAUUAUCUUUUCUAGUGGAAUUCCCCUAUUAUUAUUAUUUAUAAACCCGUCGGGGCUCUAGACGAACUAAACAACACCAAUAGUCUUGCAAUUUCUUCUAUCUGUUCUCAAAUUAUGCAUUUGUGAAGAAACAUUUCCCUUUAAUAUAUAAAGAUAAUUAUAUUAUUUUUUUUUUUUUUUUCUUUCCCUCUAAGCGUAGUUCCUAAUUAUGCCUUGACCACUCUUUAUUGCCGUUUGUGUUUCAACCGUGAAAAUUAAUUUUGGACUUUUAUUUUUUUCAUUACUGGCUCAAUGUGCCAUUUGUUUGACGGUCAAGGUCUCGCGUAGCUACUAAGCUUUGCAAUUAUUGACGUAGGUCAUGAUGAAGCUUUAGUUUUCUUCUUCCCACUUUUGUUCGCAAUAAUCGCAUACUCAUAUGCGUUCCGCGAUUAUUGCUGUAUCGGAGACGUGAUUAAUCCUAUACAAUUUGGCGAUGCCUGUCAUCAGUGGAUUAAUAUUUGUGUCAUCAUCUAUCUUGUCAUCUUGUCACUUGUCAUCUUUUGUGAUAUUUAGCUGUAAAAGUUAAAUUCAUGUAAUGAUGUGAAAUAACAAAAAUUUGAUCAUGUAUUAGUAAACUAAAAGAGAGAGAGAAAAAAAAAACGUUCCUGUUUCGAACCUUAGAUCCUCUGAUCUUUGGUUUCGCUGUUUACUUUGAGUCCAGUUGUGAGGAACUCGAAUGAAAAGGUAUUUUAUUGAUGUUAUUUUAUGUGAUCAACUCACGUGUUUGACCCACUGUGAGUUGAUAUAUUUUUAGGUUUCCAUUCCAAUUGGAAAAUUUUCGAUGGACUUGAUUCACUGGUAUGUGUGAAACCGUGUCAAUCGACUAAUAAAAAUGCAAUUAUGCAUUAUUGAUUGUCGUCAUUCUUAAUUUGUUUCGGUAUGGGCAGUACGGGUCGGUACCCCUGGUUUUUUUAGUUUGAUUUGUUCAUUAAAUUAAAAAAAAAUUCUGAGGUUAUCUUAGUGGCGUGUGACUAGCCACGGAUUAGAAUGUAGUGUCGUAGUAGUGGAAUAUUCUGUGCCAGAAAGUGGAAUAUUCUGUGCCAGAAUAGUGUGGUGAACAGUCCGCUAUGGCGGUGAGGUUGGAUGGGUUGAAUCCUGUUGCUGGUUCCAGUGCCCUGUGAGCUGCUCCCUGUCCGUGGGAUCUAUUGCGAUUGGAUUUCGAAAACUUGAAUUCGCGUAACACUGGUCAACAGUCGAUCUCGGAUUGUUAUUAUUGUUCCUCUAACACUUUCACUGUUUCUUCUUCUAAUCCUUUUUAUUUGUUCUUUUAGGUUUCGACCAUCUUCGAGGAGGAGCCCUUAGAAAUAUUGGACUUGCACGUUUCGUGGCAUUCACUUUCGUUGAUUUGGGUCUGUUUUUCCGAUACGUCAAAGUCACUUAAGCACUCAUUCCAACGUUACGGCAAAAUUUUCACACCAACCUGAAAGUGCAGAAAACCCAACGGAAAAUUUGUAAAAAGUGUAAAAGUGCUAACCCAGCAGCGAAUCGGAAGAAAAAUAUCUACCUACUAGCUACGGAGAGAAGAGCACGUCGUUGUGAGUGAGUGAACAUCGUCAGACAUUCCGCGUCCGUCCCCGCAAUGGUGGUGCCCUUGCCGAAUGCUGCACCGUCAGUGGCGCCGGAAGGAACGUGAAUCACUUGUUGCAUUUCCCAAUCGGACCCCCAGGUGGAAGUGAAGCAACAGUUUGUGCAAAAGUGUACCCUUUAGUGACACAGUAACAACAAACACUUUCACAGACACACACACACACACACACAAACACGUCCACAGACAGUGACGGAGCUUGUGGUUGCCACCAUGGCGGACUGUUCGUACGCGCGGUGCAUCCAGGAACGGCGCUACAUCCGGCGUGAGCUGGCCAAGUGGACCAAGAACAUGGUGCAUAUUGUCGGACUGGAACGCGUUGCUGAAGAAUUGAUGGGACGCAGGAAAUGGAAACACUAUCAGGACGUCCUAACGCGCCAACAGUUAAACCUACUGGAUCCGAGCACGAACACCGUGGCCGUGGACGACGACGAUCUGCUCAACAGUGCAGCAGCGGCCGUGGCCAGCGGUGUUGCCAGCAACACUGUUCCAUUUACCCCCGCACUGGUAGCGGCAGCGGUCGGCGGAAAUCUCCUAGACCAAAAAGGCGCCGCCACGAUUGUACGCAACGGACACUGUCAGCAAGACGGAGAACUAGAAUCCAAACUAGCAACAACCAACAAUCAACAAGUAGCAGUCGCAGCAGCAGCGACAGACAAACAACAAGCAGAUCACCACCUACUAGCCGAAGCAGCUGCUGUAGCGACAACCAGGAAGAAUCAUUUCAAUGAGAACGAUACGAAACCAACGGCAACGGUGGCCACUCCUUCUCCUCCGGCUACUGCUACCCACCAGCAUCCGGUGGCAGUAACACUCAACAACAACAACAACAAUCAUCAUCACCACCCCCACCUUCAAAACCCGACCCAGCUGGCGGAGGCGAAAAAAGCCAGAUCCGAUCUGGAUCGACAGGAGGACCCAGAGGAGCAGCAACAACAACAACACCAGCAGCGUGAGGACGCAGCCACCCGAGAGGAUUUGCGUCUUCUCGGGACGCCAGCCGACGGCAAGAUAGUAAAUUCCGUUGCCUCGCCAGCCCUGUCCUGUUCGUCGUCAUCGUCGGCGGCAUCGUCGUCCUCGGCUUCGUCGACGGCUUCGACAACCACGACGGCAACGGCCACUACGGCGACCCUACUAUCACCGUCUGCUGCCGGUGCUGGUGCCGCCGGUGCCGAGCUUGACGAUCGGAAGGAGCUGCUAGCCGGCAAACUAGCAAUCAAACUGGAACCAACAGCAGAAAAUCAAAACAAUUCACCAGCCACUGCGGAGCAGAAUAAACUUAUCAAGCAGGAACAUUGUAACAAUUUACUAAGCAGUAAAAUCAUCAUCAACAACAACAACAGUGCAACAAACAACAACAACAAUAAUAAUAUUUCAAGCGGUAACCUAGGCGACAACGGUGGUCGCUCAGUUCUGCCAGCGGCGGCCGAUGAAGAAAGUACAACAGACGCUGGAGGCGACGGCGGUAGUUCGAAGCUUCCGCGAUCGCAGCCUCCGUCGCCGGUAGACUGGAAACCACAAGACAAGUGUUACUUCUGUGUCGACGGUAAACUGCUUACGGUGAACGAAGCCGGCGAACUGGUGCCGGAAUCCGGCGUCGGCGCCGGAGGAUCGAACGUCCUGCCGAAAACCGAACUGGACCUAAAUCACGGGGUGUUAAAUGACAGCGACAGCGAUUCGAGCGACAGCAGUGAACCGGACCUUCGUGCCGUGGUGGGACGGCCGGGCUCUGCCUCGACGAAAUCGCUGGCAGCACUGCUGCGAAGCGCCAGCGGUGUGCCCCCAACGAUGACCUCGCUGCAAUCGAUGGCGGCCCAGUUUGCGGCCGUCGCUUCACUUCAGGGCAUUCAACCGGGUCUGGCACAGCUCUACAAUCCUCUUUGGUACUCCCAGCUGCAACAGCAGCUAUCCCCAUCGGGCAGUACGGAGACGGCCGGCGUUGGUUCAGCGGCGGAAAAAGGUGAAGGUACCGUUUUGGGACCCGGCGGUGAACAGCCACUGGAUUUGAGCGCUAAACCGGGCACAUCCGGUCUGAAUGCCGGGCUGAUGAUGAGCAUGAUGGAUCCGAAGCAUAUCUACAAGCCAAAACCGCGCCUCUCGCCGAUUGGUGGCCGUCGAACUUACACCGAGGAUGAGCUGCAGAGUGCUCUACAGGAUAUACUAAACGGUAAGCUUGGUACGCGCCGGGCAGCCGUCCAGUACGGAAUACCCCGGUCAACACUGCGCAAUAAGGUCUACAAACUGGCGAUGGAGCACAAGCGGGAAAUGCUGCACAACAUGUCGCUGGCGGCGCUGGUGGACGACGACGACGAUAAGGAUUCGCUAGAGGACGAAGGCAAAGACGAUAGCUACUCGAUGAAGCUCAAUCAGCAAGCGUUUGCCGAAGCGUAUCUACGAAUGUACCGAGGCAGCAGUAGCACUCCGAAGCUGGAACCCAGCUCGAACCCGGCAACUCCACCCCAGCAACAGCGAACGCCGGAGCCACCACUGCUGAAACCGAUACAAUCCCAAACACCUCAACCGACGGUUCCACCUCAAUCAUCUCCGCUGGCAGCGGCAGCAAACAGUCUAAUCGAUCCGAGUUUGCUACUACAGCUGCAGAGCCUACUGCUGGCAGGAGGCAUUCCCGGUUUAACCAAUACGGCAGCACAAUCCAAUAGCCCCGAGGAAGCGGCAGCAGCCCAAGCGGCACUUGCUGCCUUGCCUGAGUUGUUGAAAAAAGUCAUCCAGCAGCAGGAAUUGAUCGCCGAACAGAUCAAGAAAGCCACCAGCAGUGAACCGAGGCCCAGUGCCGUUACACCGACAAUGAACAAUGGCCAACCGAUCGAUCCUCGGCUGUUGCCGUUUCUGCAAGCACAGCAGCAUAGCAAACCUCGAACGGCUUCCGGCACACCGGAGACAACCUCUUCGCUGGAUCUGAACGAUGGCGGAAGUGAUGACUCGCAAGUUAUAUUGAAGAUUCCGUCCUACAAGCCAGUUCCAGGCAGUACUCCGACAAUGCCAUCGGUCGCAGCCGCAGCUCUUCUUGUGGGCAGCAAGAACGGUGAUCAUCAUAGUCUUUCAACUCCCUCCCCGCCAACUGCCGCCGCUUCAGUCGCCGCCGCAACGGUCCGGGAUCUCAGCAGUCUGGUAGGAGCACCAGGCCCUAGUACCACCAGCAACAGUUCUCGACCAGUACAUAACGCUAGUCCGCAACAGCCCCCACAGCAGAACCCUGCCCAAGCACCGAACCAUCUCUCGGUCAUAUCGCCUCCUAUGGGCAUUAGGCCCCGAAGCAGUUCUCAAUCACCUCCCAACUCGCUGCUUGGCGCCAAAUCAAUGCUAUCGAUCAACGAUGUGAUCGCGAGGAGCAUUAGCAAAAACUUCCAACAGCAUCACCAGUCCGAUCUGCUCAAGCAGCAGAUGGAAUCGAUGGAACAGUACAAACGGCCAACCAUCUCGGUCAUCAAGAAUCUGGGUGGAACGGACAUUUCCCGUUUCGGUAGUAAUCCCAACAUUACACAAAUGACCGCAGCACAGCUUGCCAACACCGGCACCGGAGGUAAAGGAACUCGGCCGAAGCGAGGCAAAUACCGGAACUACGACCGGGACAGCCUAGUGGAAGCGGUGAAAGCCGUGCAGCGGGGUGAAAUGUCCGUACAUCGUGCCGGAAGCUACUACGGUGUUCCACAUUCCACGCUGGAGUACAAAGUGAAGGAGCGUCAUCUGAUGCGACCGAGAAAACGGGAACCAAAACCCCAACCUGGUCUGGAUGGGCUGAAAUCGGACCUAGGAGCCGGCAGCUCCGUGAUGAGAACGCUGGAUAAAAGUAAAAGUUUAGCUGGUCUCGGACCUAGUUCCAAGCAGCAGCAACAGCAACAGUUGAAGAAUCAAUAUGCUAGCGCUUCACCGAACGGAGGACUAAAGAUGCCGAUGUUCGAUCCAGCGAUGGCUUCCCAACUACCCUAUGCAUCACCUUUCCUCUGGCCCCAUCCAGCCGGUUUCUCCAAUCUUCCGAUGGACUUUGCGCGACAGUCAGCCGGAUCGGGCGCGGGUUCGAGUGGCCCCUCUAGCGAUAACAUAUUCGCUUCACCGAUGAUGCAAAGGUUUCAACAGGAGCAACAACAACAACAACAGAGCAGUAAAGUACCCAACAGUAGCGGAACGAGUGCACCGAAAACGGCCCGUGAAUUAGCGGAAAGUAUAUACGACGGUACAAGUACAAACGGUUCGCUGCUGGACGAUAUCAUUCGGCACAGCUUGGACAAGAAACCGGGCGAAAUGCCACACGGGGCUUUGUUCGAUCAGCUGAUGAAGUCUAAUUUACGAACAACGAGCUCCGCUUCCGACGAUCCUUCGGCGGCUCUUCUUGCCAGGGUUGGGGCAAAACGCAGUGCUACCAGUCCGCUCAACUACCUGCCAGACAACAUCAAGCGGGAACGCGCUAGUCCUGGUGCGUCGUCCACCUCAUCGACGGGUAGCAGUAAACCGGCCGGACUCGGUUCUGUUAGCUUCAAUGACCACCAUCAUCACCACCACCAGCAGCAGCAACAGCAACAACAACAACAGCUUCAUCUCCAGCAACAGCAGCAGCAGCAGCAGCGACACUUGAAUACCUCCACCGAUAGUAUGCUCGACACUCAUCGAGCGGAAUUGUUGGCCAAAGGAAACCUAGCCGUCGAGAACCUCAUAAAGCUACGUGAGGAUCUCACAUCGAUGUCCGUGGCGCACCAUCACAAGCGGACACCAAUGGAAGAUCAACACAAUGGUGCUAAGGACGAUCUGUCCGGUCGGAUCGACCAGCAGCAGCAGCAGCCGCCGCAGCUGCUGUCACACCGGCUCGCUUCUGUCAAGCUGCCGACCGAGGACAGUUCAUAGAAGCGACUGCCACUGGAUGCGCUGCUCCUGUGGCGCUCGCAAACGUUUCUAGGUUAGGGAGAGUCGGCAAAAAAAAACCGUAGUUCAAAUAUUAUUACUGUAGUUAAAGAAAGUGAAAAAUGCAGCGGGAAGAAAUCAAACGGCACUGGGGGGCAGUGUUGACACUUUUUAUGCAUAACUGUUUUAAACAAACACAGAAAAGAAAAAAAAAACGAGAAAUUAAAACUAAAAGAACGAUGAUGAUAAUGAUGAUAAUGUUGUAGACGAAGAUGAUGAUCAGUAGAAUCAGUAGAAGGGAAAAUCGCGAAUUACAGUACACUAUAGUGAAACAAUAUAGAAUGAUUUUUAACGUGAAACAAUUGCAGAGAAAGAAGAAGACGCAAGUUUUUUGACAAUCGACAAAUAGGCUCUUGUAUUCCCCUUUUUUCCCAGCUCCACCUAUUUUCCUGAAAAUAAAAUUCCUCCUAUUCCUGAAAACCCUGAGAACCGGAACAAAUCCGAGGAAGGAAAAUCGCAUCUCUCGGAGUGUUCGGACAUUCUACACAGUACCCAACAACGGCUAGCUAAUACGAAAUAGCAACAACAACAAUAGAUCGGAAGGUCUGAUUUUUAUAAUACACCGAGUGAUUUUUGUGAGACACACAUACAAAACGCGUACCGGAGCGAAAUCGGAUUUUUUUUUUCGAGUAAACAGAAUACACCACAGUCAAAACAUCAAGUUUUGAAGUUAGUGACCGCCGCGACAAACGGGUAGAUGAGCAACCGCUAGCCAAACCGAUGCAGCGAGAGAAAGAGAGAGAGCGAGUUUGGAAUAAUCUGUUUGUUUGACCACAUUUCAGCCUUGGCCGCGAACUGUCACGAUUGAUUUUCAAUUCAUUAAGUCUAGCAGCAAUCACUUCAAAUUGGUCAAAUGGCAUUCCCGGCUUGCUUUGUUUCGCAUCGAUAUGGUGCAACAACAACAGCAGCAAUAAAGAAAAAAAUGUGAAUAUGAAUUGCUUCCCACUGCGGCAAAAAAAAGAUUAAUUAAUCUGCAUUUGUCAUACUGGCUGCGUGCGGUAUUGAUUGGCAGAGAGGGUAUCGAGAAGCCAUUCCCUUUCGGUCGUACACAAUUUCUUUCAACAGAAGCCUAACCAAUCCAAAUGAAUUGAGCAAAAAAAAGCUAUCGCUUAGUCGCCUUCUAGCCCAUAAAAUUACUUUUUUCUGCAACAAUUUUCAACUCGCAGCUCAAUUAAAAUGAUUCCGGUAGACAAAGCUACCCCGGGCUCGUAAUGACCGCGAAUUAAAGCACACUUGGUGUACGUGGCAGACACCGGGCAGGGAAGGAAGAAAAACGAAUCGAUCAAACACGCAAUUAUCCAAACCCUCAAUAGCAGACACACACCCACAAACGAACACGCGGUCACAAUUCAGGAUGAUGAAAAAAUCCACCCUCAUAAUUUUAUGAACUUCCUUCACCUAUUUUCCCCUCUCGAUUUUCGUCCCCGAACUGAUAAUCCACUCCUGAAUCGGAAGCAACUUCACCUCGCCGAAGUACGGCAGCAAAAAUCAAUGUUCGACAAAACAGAAGCUUUUUAUGUAAAUGUGUAUUUAUCUCGCGAUAAACUAAUAAUCGAUAACCAAGAAAAAAAGCAGUAAAGCAACACUUGUUUGGAUGUCAAAAACAAAAUCAAAAAACUAACUAGUCAAAACAUUUUGCACAUUUUGUAAACAAAAUUCAAUGUCGUGGCUAAAGAGAAACCAAAAUCUAACAAAAAAAAAGUAUUUGUCAUUAAGUGAAAAACAAACGUGUAUCGAUUUACGGAAAACAUAUUUGGUGUUCAAAAUUCUAUCCAGAAAACAAAGUAUUAAGAAAAAAAAUCUCUAAUCUCGAUAUAAAGCGACUGGCCGUUUAUCAAAGUCAACACUCUAUGAAGUCGUGAAAAAAAAACAUUGUUUAUCUUUGACAAAGUAUAGCAGGCGAGGCGAUAAAUUUAUUAAACAUUUUAACAAGCAGAAAAAGUGAAAAUCCAAGUAAUCUAUGUUUGACGUUUUUAUCUUUAACAAAAAAAAUCUGCAUAGAACUCCUCCAAUGAAAAAGUAUUUGUGUACUACGUGAACCAAAGCAGAUAUCAAAAUUUAAAGGAUAAAUCAAAAUAUCAACAAAAAAAACAAGUAAACUCGAUGUUUUAACUAACGGUACGGCAGCGAAUAGAAGCGAGGGCGCAUUCGCAGCUGCCCAUCAACACUAAAAGAGUAUAAGAUAUGAACAGAAAAAAAAUCGAUGUUUCGCGUCUCAGUAUCAUUGAUCCUCACAGUUAUUAUAAUUAUCAGCGAAAAUCGCAGAAUGUACGAAGAAAAAGCAUCCCAUCUUCCCCUCUCUUAAACCACACAACCCCCACUGACAAAACAAAAUCAAACAAUCGCCAACAAUCCUCUGCCACUGGCCACUUUUUUCCCCGGAAGUGGUAGGGAGAGAGGCGAAAGCUCCAACAAUUCAAGAAAAUAAUAUGAAAAAAAAACAAGCAGCAGAAGUUAAAACAGCUGUAAUAUAUAUUAUAUAUGUGUGUGUCUUCACGUCGCGUAUACCUCAAAAGCAGAAAAAAGAAGAAUCAAAAACAGACAGACAGAGAGAGAGAGAGAAAAAAAACAAAACAAAGCAUAAUAUAAACCACAAGAAGACAAGAAGUAAUCUGAAGAAGAAAACGAAACGUCAUCCCGUUCGAAGAACGCAAAUUUCUUCUCUCCCGAAACACCUCUUUUAAGUUCGCAGCUUUUAACUUUUUUUUCUUUUUGAGUUCAUUUUUACGCUUCACAAAACAAGGGCGAAAGCAUAGGAAGGCAAAGCAAAAAAACUAAAGAUAAAAGGAUACAUGAAUGUUGUUCAUUGUUCAUCAUAACCAAUCUCUUAGCGGCGCAAACCAAAACCAAGCGAAAGUGAGAGAGGAGAUGAAACAAAAAUAAAAAAAAAAUAAAAUAAUCCAACGGAGAAAAUUUUAUACUGAAGGUGAAAAUUAUACAGAAUAUAUUAUAAUUAAUUAUUGAAAAGAAUAUUUAUACACUAUCUGUGAUUGAUAAUCCAAAAUUUUGUAUGUAUAUUUUUUCUCUAACGAAAAAAAAGUAACAACCAGAACAACAAAAAACAAGUAAGAAAAAAAAACUAUUUCAUUACGCUAGCAUAUGCGUAAGGCGCGAGUAGAAGGAAAGAGGAAUACGGAACCGUUAGAGUUAGGAGCGACGAACACAGCGUUUUUGUUUUUUUGGUUCUUUCGUCGUGUGUUCACCCGAAAAUUUUGCGCAAAAAAAAAGUAAGAGAAGAACAACAGCCCACACAGCAAUAACCACCACCAACAAACAACAACAAAAGCAUCCGCAAAUUUUCUUCGGCUGACCGACCGGUUGAGAGCGAACGACACGACGGCGUUUUUUCGUCCCAAGACAGGUCAAUCAAGAAAUGGGAUAAAAUUUUAGGGGGGAUUUUCUAGCCGUCGUUGGGUGAAUAGACCUUCCUAUCUGCGCUAGUAUUAGUGGUCGAUUUCACUAAUACAAGUUUAAUUUUGGUUUCAAAUAAUCAACACGCUGGUAGUAACAAAAAAUUUCCUCCUGCCCCGAGCUUUUAUUCAAGUUGUAAGCCGAUUUUUAGUUUUAUUUCAUCUGGUUUUCCACUAAAACAAAGUUUGUUAAAACAGGUUACACUAAUGAACUAGGAUUCAUAAUUGCAAUAUUUUUCAAAAUUGAAUAUCAGCUGAUUUUUUGGUUGAAAACAAAUCGAUUUUAUUAGGAUACAGACUAAGCCUGUAUUGGUGAGAUCUGGCGUAUAAAGCUCUAUGGUUUCGAAAUUAUUGGUUCUUUCGAUACGGGAUGUUGGUUGUAACUCCGGCACAGUAGAUCCCACGAUAAUUGAAUUUUGUCUUGCUCUAAACUAUAUAAAGUUUAAAUAAAAAAAUACGUCAGCUGAAAUUUUCUAAUUUCUGUUGAAUUGCAGCUCGGGAAGUUUGCAGUAUUGAUUGAAUCUAAGCUUUUAAGUUACUUUCUACACAACUGCAGCAACAGUGAUGUCUUUUUGUAUGAAAAAAACGAAUGAUUCAACGUUCCCUCAGUAGAACUUUCAAGUAAAAUAUGAUAUUUUACUUAAACAUUAUAACAUUCUUUUGCCGAGCUUCAGUAGAGCCUAACAAAGUCAUUUUCGAUUGACAAUCGUCGGCUGAGAAGGACGCUGUCAACCGUCUUUUUCAAUUGAAAAACAUUUUUAUUUUCAUUUUCGAGCACUUUGUGUGUCACAUGAAAACUGCUCGAUUGCAUUUGCAUUGAGUUUGACAACUAAAGGCAGAGAUGCCAAUGUUCCAGUUUAAACUGAAUUCUUCCAAUUUUUUUUUUUUUUUUGAGUGAUCCAGUCGAACAGGUAAAUCAGAAAAUUAUCCUUUUUUCUGCAAGUUUUUUAUCAGCUGAAGUUCCCGUUAUUUUUAUCUAUUUUGAAAACAUUGUUUAUAAAAAAUGUAGCUUGAUUUGUCUUAAAAUUGUUCAAUAGAGAGUAAACAAGCAUCUCAUUGAUUUUCCUCUUUCUAUAAUCAGCUGGCACAAAACUCAGUCAAAUUGAUAGCGACGAAACUUGACAUGGAGUUGAAAACAAAGCAUUCAAAACAAUGUAAAUCUGUAAAACCUGUAGUCGAAUAAGGCUGCCCUAGGUGCGAGAUUAUUAACAUGUUAGGUUAGUUUCUUUCGUAUAAGGAUUCUGUUUUAUCCAGUUUUAUUUUCAACAUUAUUCCAGUUUAUUCAAAAAUGUUAUUGGCAACCCUGGCUGAAGGGCUGCAGCAGGAAAACCAGAUGUGCAGAUUUGUCUGCAAAACGGAGAUUUUUAGAGUCCGUCUGCAGAUUUUUAUUGAUUCGAAGAUAUUUGCAGAUUUUUAAAACUGCUCUGUUGUCUCCUUAUAUUUACGCAGACUUUCUCAAAAUGUGCGCAGAUUUUCACAGACUUUUGCCUGCUUGAGCGAAAUUUUUUCGGAUCACAGAUAAUUUUUUUUUUUCAGAGUUCAAGCAGAUUUUUUCGCUUUUUCGAGCAGUUGCAAAUAUUUUUCAAAAGCAUCUGGCAUCUCUGGACUCGAGAAGGAAAGAAGUGAUUUUCAAUUGAAAGCGAAGACUACUGUGUCACUAUCUCCUGACGAUUGUCAACUGAAAAUGAUGUUGAGCGCUGACGGAGACAGAAGGAAGAGGUAGCAAUCUUUGUGCGCUUUUUAUGAGGGGAAUUUUUUUGAUGUGAUUUUUAGAUUUCGGCAGUCGGUCAGCCAAGAACAAAAUUCGGAAAACCGCUCAUGAACCUGGUUUUCAUUUCCAUUUUUUUCACUGUUUUCUUUUUUUUUUCUUUGCAAGCUUACACACAUACACACACAGACACACUUUAUCGCGAGAGCAGUUUCGAGAACAACACGUUACUUCUUGUUUUUCGAGUAGCAUACAAAAUGCCGGCAAGAGAGAUACCGAUUUGUUUUUGUUAGGAAAAAAAGGAGUAAUUUAAUAUUAAAAGUAAAUAAAAAAAGUGCAAUUAGAACGAUAUAAACCGUAACAUAUUCGUUAUUUAUAUUAAAGCGAGGAAAGAGGAAAAAUGAUGAAGAAACGUAAAAAGUAAAUUAAAAUAUAUAGGGAAAAUUAUUUAAUUCUAUAUUUACAACAACAAAAAAGGAAAACUUAAGUGAGGUAAGAGAAAGUCUUAUUAAAAAAAGAGGUGAAAUUGUAAAAAAUUAAAAAUUACUAGAGCAGUUUUUGUAUAGGUAACAAAUCAAAAGAAGAAACUAAACAAAAAAGGUGACAACAAAAGAUACAUUGACAGGAUGCAUUGCGACAUUCGAAGAGUCAGCUUCGAAGAGAUCAGAAGAAGAAAAAAUAACAAAAUAACAGCAGGAUUUCUGGGUAUGUGCUUCAAAAAACGACAAAGUAAUCUAAAAGAAGUAAAAAAAAACGUUACAAAAUAUUGGAGAGACAUAAGAUUGAUUACUACGUAACAAAAUACCAGCAACACGUUCGGUUCAAUGAAGAAAAGCUAAUUCCUAUCGGCGAAGAGAAACAGCAAGAACAGGAACUACACCCCCCCCCCCUUCUUCCUACUACCAUUUUCCUUUGCCUUUUUUUUUUUUCUUUAAGUAAGUCAACAAUUUAACGACAACAAAAUGAAAAUCAAAAUCGAUAGGUUCGGAAAGCUACCGAAAUCAUACCAAUAGCUAGUGCAAUCUUUUUUUUAGAGCAAAUAUUACCCUCAAGCUUAUUUUCUUAGCUGUUAGUCAACCUUAAAGCGAGAAAUUAAUCAAGUUCUGAACAGUUUUGGCACAUUUUCAACGGCAACAUAUCAAGGAGCGACUACUCUACUUAUCGGUUUCACACUUACGAUUGUUUUACUCAAGCAAGAAUUACCCAAACUCAGUGAAAGGAAGAACAGCAGCAACAUCAAUGUAAGAAAUUUUUGUGGUGACACCACAGGAAAAUGAGAAGAACAGCAACAAACAGCAACAUCUCUUGUUGAAGAGUUUCUUUUUCGUUAAAUAUCAAAAUACUGCUACUACAAUCGUCGUUGAAGGUUUGCCUGCGAUAAGCGUUUCACAGUCCAUAGCAUGGCACUGUAAAGCGACUUGGAACGUCGAAGCCUUCUGCGAUGUUUUCUUUUCUGACAACCCGGAACAAUAGAUUUUGGACGAAAAACCUUUCGGUCAAUACAAACACAUUUUGGAUGGAUGGUAAAUUUUCAACACACAUACAUAUAUAGGAAGCGUGCGUUCGGUACGACAACCACCACCAUCGUCGUUGCGCGCCGAACGAGAACGGAUUGGACACACACACACUCUCUAAGAUUCUAAGCGAAGUAAUGUACGAAGCCGUACAGAAACUCACCUUCAACCUCCCUCAAAACGAAUCUAAGCCGACAGUCGAUUGUUACUAUAAUACGCUCUACAGUGUGCUAUAGUAAUGCAACAGUAACUAUCAAAACCAAACAUAUGAUCAAUAGUUGACAAAACAAAACAAACAAUAGCAAUGGAUAUCUCUCACAACUACACAUACAAACGCGAACAUGAAAACGUGAACUCAUUGAAAUGAUUAUUGCUGCUACUAAAGUUUAAAACAAAAUCUUCACCGCAAUAGUUAAAUCGAAACCAUCAAACAAACUAUAGAAGAUAACAAACACACACACUCACUAAACAAGAUUCUGUCAAAACUACAAUAGCCUGGUUACUGGGAUGAGUUUCGUCUCAUCCUGUAUGUUUUUCAAACGCACAUACAACACGGAGAAACUCACUCACACUCAAUUCAUUAACAGAAUAAAUGCACAUUUUUUUCUCAAAUCUAUCUGUUACUUUCUAAGGCAGUAAUAAUUAUUACUAUAAGACGUUAUAAACUGAAUAUUAACCCGUUUUACUCCCUGCGUUCCCCUGUCCCUUCCUCCACAAAAGCAUAAGAAUGCCACAAAAAAAAACCGAGAAAAAAUACACAACUACACACUCCUACAAUAGAAUAACCAAGCCGCUGCAGAAACAUACAAACAGAGAAAAAAAACCGAUCGGAAGAUCCCUCGGGCGUCCCCCGCUCUAGGCACCUUCCGAUUGACAAUAGUUAUUAACGAAAAAAAAAAAUACAAAUGCAAAAUGUGGAAAAUUUAACAGUAAGAAUUCAAUUUAAUUAAAACACACUCACACAGACACACAGUCUCUCACACUCACACUCGCACUCAUAAGCGUGUGCAAAGGUGAUACAAAUUUUGUACUAAAAUAAUUCCAAUUCAUUUACAAUAGCAAACAGCAAAACAGAGUAAACAACAAACCAACAAACAAACAAAGACAUGUUGCUGGCAGAAAGAGAAUAAGUAAAACCAGAAGAAGAGGAAAACUUUAAAAAAGCGUGACAAAGCAAGAAUAAGAAGAAGAAAAAACAAUCGUUUAUUGAUUCUCGAUUUCUCGUGGACACGCACAACACUUGUCGAGCGAGAAGUAGAAGAGGUCUUCAUUCCGUUUCAUCAAAAAAGAACAGAAUCAAAUCAAACGGAAAACAAGCAUAGCAAACAAAAAAUUAAACAGUUUCUCUGACUAGAUGUUGAAGCAAAAAAAAGCGUACAUAUACAUAUAUCUAUAUAUAUACAUAUAGGUUGUAAGAUAACAUUCGAUUUCUUUGUCUGAUUUAUGCGUAGAAUCGGUUAGAUGUUGAUUACGAGGAAAAACAGAAAAACCAAACGUUAGAUUUAUCUCAUGCGCGCCCGAACUCAGAGUAUGAAGAAGAGCAGCAAAAACGGGAAGGUAGAACACUGUUGCCAGCUCUAUUGUGCAGGAAACAGUGAACAAUAUACUUAACAGACACACACACAACAGUUAGUGGUAAUUUUUCUUGUUGAGCGUAUUUUUCUACGGUGAGCAUUUUACAGCGGAGACGAGAAUGUUGUUUAAUAAUUAAAAAAAAAUCGUCGCAACUCGUUUGUUUACUAGAUUUUUCCUCGGUGUAUCUGUCAGAACAACAACAACAACAAGAAACAAACAAUAACAAUAAGUGAAACAAAACAACUUACAAAUCUAAGAUGGCUGCCUGAAACAAUAAGACAAAACAAACAUACAACAGUAAAAUAGGAUCAUUAGAGUCAUAACAUAUAACGCGCGCCGCCUGCUGCACCUAACUCACACACGCUAAAGACAUGGCUUGCUUUGUUUAUGUGUGGCAGCGGCACGCGUUCUCAGUAUGCGCCUGCAAUAGAAACCAGUUUAUCACUGUUCGAGAUACUAGAAAAAAAAACCUAUAAUUUUUAUGUUCACUCCACACUUUGUUACCACGUACACACAUUAGAAAAAAACAAAAAAAAAAGUUUACCACCAUGAAUGUGCCAGAAACUGAACUGAAGCGUUAGGCGGUCGAAAGCCAUAUUUUUUUGAAACUAGACGCAUCAAAUCAAAACUGCUUACGCUGAAUAGACAGAAAAUUAGAAUCUGUUUAACCCCUCGUUCUAGCCCAACCAUUUUCUUAGAAGAAAAAAAACGAUGAGAAACGAACCAAACACACUAACACACACACAAACACAUACCCACACAUCUGCACGUUGGGAGAAAAACGUGUCGAGCAGAAUGCCUUAUAUUCUCGUUAUAAAUGAAAACUGAGAAAACAAAAAAAAAAGAAUCAACUAAAUUAUAAAAUCCUGUACAGAGUCAGACACAGAGGUCAGUGAGUGGAAAUUUGGAAUGAACAAAAAAAACUACUCUACUGUUCAGUAUUUUCUAUCGAGCCACACGCACACGCUGUAUGCAUCCGUCUGUGUGUGCGUGUGUUUAUUUAGUACUAAAAAAAAUAUAAAAACAACGUUUUCAGUGUCCAAUAUAAAAUCAAAAUUGUAGCAGUCGUGUUUGUUGCAACACACCCAUACACAUACACACCGAACUAAAACACGCGAACUCUCAUCCUAUUUCCACUCCCACACUUCUCCAAAAACAUGGAGAGCAAACAAGAAAAAAAACAAAACUAACUUUAUAUAGAUAUGUAUAGAAUUUUACCGAAUGAUUUCAAUGUUUUUUUCCGGUGAAGAAAGAAUAGCUGACAACACUGCUGCAAGGUUUCAAAAGCACGCAGCACCCCAAGCACAGACACACAACAAACAGAAGCGAACUUAUUCACCAUUCGUCACCAACUUCUUGUCGGAGUUGAAAUUUUAAACUGUGAGUAAAACUGCGCCAAAUAACUUAGCGUCGAAUAUCGACUAGUUUCUCAAUUUUAAUGGAACUUUGACACGUAUUUGCUGGAGCGGAUUGACGCGAAGGGCGCCAAAAGAGUGAGCAUUUCGGUGGGUUGCACUUAUUUUUAAUUGCCAAAUUCCUGUCGUAAUCAAUUCGCAUGCUAAGGAAGUGUUCUAUCAUCUUGAGCUAUACUCCCAUGAUCAACAAGUCGUCGACGUAGAUAAUCAUCUCAUCGUUCUGGGUACCAUAAGCAAUAGUCAUGUUACAACCCUCGAACCCAGGCUUCAACACUACUUGAAUUAGCUUCGUUCCAGCAUUUGGGGGCCAUGCAGACCAUGCAAAUUCUGUAAUUUCUGAAACUGGCAAGCUGUAUGAGGAUUGUCAUCUCAUCGGACUGCUAAAGCGGUUCGAAUCAUCUUCAGCUUGGCUACUAAGGCAUAGGUUUCGUGAUAAUCAAGACCAGACUGCAAGGGCUUUACUUUUGCCAGACGCUUCACCAUCUACCUGGAUUGCAGUUGGUGAUUCUUAUCGUCUUCUCUAGUGUGAUAAUGGAUCUGUAGAAUCAAAAGUUCCACCAGAAGAGGUCGCUCCAAAUCCGGUUAGAAAAUCAAGAAAUUGUUCUGGGAGUUUUGUCUGCCUGUGUGAAUAGUAGAGAUUUGCAUCCUUCAGGAGAUGAUCACUGCAUCCGAAGUGUGAGCUGAACUGUCACUUGGGCCUUUUUAUUUACUUCUUCUGAUGCCUCUUUCUGCCAUCUUUCUUCUCUAGAUUCUCGAGUGCCACCAGGGUCACCAGGGAAUCAAACCAACAGUUGAGCUACCAAAUCUUCUUCUUCUAUUUACGCACCUGCACUCACUUACUCAUGCAUCCUAAGCUCCCGUAGUUGACCUGGGCCCAGCUCAGAUUCCUAUCGACUUCUUUAAAUUCCUUGUUGAGACUGCGUCACCAUGAGCCUCAGCCAUGAGGUCUACCUCUACUGCAUACCUAACCUUUCUUGCAUCCAUGCUGCUUUUCGUACCACCGUCUAAUGCCGGGUGUCUGACUGUCGAGACAUUGGAAGCUUUCGACUUUCUGUAAAGUUGGAAGGAUUGUCCACGUUUACUCCAUGGUGAUAGGCAGCCCACGGUUCGGAUCAAUUCGGUCAAUUGCACCUACCAUUACGAUUUUAUCUACCCUUCUUGGGGACCUAAGACACCUUGCAUCCAGUCGGCCGGGAGCAUUGUGGUGUCCCAGAUAUUGCCGAAUUUCGUCUGUCGAAACUUGAAGAUGUUGUUCGAAGUACUGAAACCAGCGUUUUAACUGAGUCCGCCCACGCUCGCUUGUCCAGUUUACAAAAGCGAAUAACUUUCCUCUCCAGAACCAAAUAUCGUUGACGGGCUUUGUUCUUAGUCUGUGUUAUCGGAUUCACGAUGGCAUUUGGCUUAUUUUUUGUAAUUGCCGAACAAGAUCAUUAUGAAUGAGCUCGCAUGGAGGUUCCUUCCUUCUUUCGUAAUAGUGACAGCAGCGUUUAGCUUGAAAUGAGCUUUUUUCAAGAAAGUUUCUCGUAGAGCCUCUCACAUUAUUGCAGACGUUUGCUUCUGUCGAACAACUUCAAGGAUUUCAUCGGCUACUGCUUUGAUUUCACUUCAUGAGAGCAUCGCCUGCCGCCAAAGCUGAUUCUAUCAGCAUAAAAGAAGCUUCACCUGCAUCCAAGUAAUGCUUGAUCCGGAAACGGUAAUUUUAGAAAUUCAGUCCGAUCAGCUGCAGGGCAUUUGAAUUGCCCAUAACUUCUAGAAUAACUUCGGGCUUCGACUUGACCGGAACGAAUGUUAGCGAACAAAAAACAGAGUUUAUUAAAUGGUUUGACAUCUUCCCCACGAGCGCUUGUAAACUUCUCAAGGCCUACUUGUCCAAUACCGCCAAAUCAGUUUUCAAAUCAGCUUUUGUUCGCCCUGCGUAUUUAGCUUAGCAAAUUGAUUUUUUUUAUCUUGAACACCGAAGAAAAAAAUCCUCGCAUAAAAGAAAUUAAAAAUUACACUGUAUUUUAUUAAGAAAAAAAAAGUUGAUUUUUUAGUUUUUUUUUCUUAAAUACACUGGAAAUUAUAACGCAGUUUCUGAUAAAAAGUCCAGGGUGGAGAAAUGAAAAACAUUUUUUUUUUUGUAGCAGGCCAGAUUUUAAAAAAUAUUUGUAUUCCAAUGAAUUUAAAUAAUUUAUGGUAAAUGGUCAUUUGAAAUCGAAAGGCUCUUGCUAAUAAACUUCGUAAAAUCCGUUUUGCAGUUAUUUUGAAUUCAGUUUGAGAAAAUAAAAUAAUUAAGACUAAAUUAUACAUCAAAUGAAAAAAUGAUGAAACGCUGCUUUUUUUAUCAAAACUUGACAUUGUUUCGCAGCUUUCGAUAAAAAGUUUUGAAUAGAAAAAUGUAAGACAAAUUUUUACCUAAUUUUUCCUUAAGUUUUGGAUUUUUUUUUUCAAUUUCAACAUUUUUGAGAAAAAUCAAAUUCCAAUGAAGCAACAUGAUUCUAAUGGACGGUGUGACCCAAUCUAUAGUAAUUGAUUUAUUUAGAAGAUGAGAUCAUAGUUGAUCAGCUUCUUCGAAUGUGAUGAAUUUCUUAGGUACUGUUUCCCAUCGGCAGUCUGUACUACGACACUUAUUCUCGCUUUUUCACUAACGGUUGCAGGCUCCGAGUGAAAUAUUGGAGACACCAGAUAACGCAUUAAAAUUCAGCCGGAAAACGAUCUGUUGCUGGAUGUUGAACCCUAGAAUGAACAUAGUUUGUUACCUCAGAUUCAUUUUUCCAGUCCGGCUUGUCGAUUGUCGAAGUAUGUCAUAGAUGGCUUGGUAACUCCCUCAUUGACAUUGGUUUCUUUCGAACAGUAUCGCUCUCCAGUUGACAAUCCAAAAAAGUGUGGCCACCAUACUUCGAAGACGCUGUUUCGUACGCUCAAUGUUCGAUAUGAGGCAGUUUUAUAUAUAUCUCAGUACGGUCUCCGGAAUUGACGAUACUUUUCCAACUGCAAUCCCCAUUGGCCAGUGCGGAAAACUUCCUCGAUUGACGACAGCUCUAAAUCCUUUAUGGUACUAGGAAAAAUCUCGUUCACAGCUAAUGUUGCCAGAUUUGAAAUAUUUAAAAUUGCAAGCAGCAUUGAUUCUCCAGUUUGGCAGCAUGUUAAGGUGAAACGGGGCGGAAACUUUUUUCCAUACAAGUUUGAGGUUAGGUUUCUUUUCACUUGACGAUUUUGAGCGAAAUUGCUACUCUAUGCAUACGUCGGCCGUUACACACGUAAUUUCAAUGAUUUUCGAGAAAAUUAUCUUGCCAGGUAGCCCUUCUAAGUCCUGGUGUCUAGAGUGAUCCCGAGAGGUGCCUUUAUUGGAUCGAGUAACACUUUCAUCCCCUUCCAUUCGACACAUGAAACUGGGAGGUUAUGGCCCCCAUUGCAGACGACGUGGCGAGUAACUCGCAGGUACCGGAAAUCGCGGAUGAAAUUCUGCAGCACAUAUUUCCCUGCCACCUCAAUGAAACAAUAGGGUAGCAGGUCACCUCUCCAAGAUCCGACAUGGUAAAUUCCUUCUUGAAGCAACUCUUGAUCAUGGAGAUUGCUUUCACAUCACGUCCAACGAUGAGAAUGUUAUCAACGUAGAGGACUAGGAUCAUUCGUUCGCCUUUCACCAUUCCCACAUACCGGGCAUUGUUCGUUUCCAUUGCGCUUGAAACCCAGUCUGGUGACGAACUGGUGGAAUCGUUCGUUAUACGCGCGCGGAGCUUGCUUUCCGACGGCACACAAGCUUCUUCGAUACUACGGUCAGACCCUCGGGUGGAACCUUGAAAAUCUACUCUCGAAGUGUUCCGUUAAGGAAUGCCGUUUUCACAUCGAGCUGAUGAACUUGUUUACGCGCCUGGUUUGCUACGGCUAGUGUCAUCCACACGUCUCAGCAUAUUCGUAGUCGUAAGUGGGUAGCGCUGACUAAAGCUUUGGCGACCCACUUUCACAAGGUCCUAGUGUUGUUCUGUUUGUGGGACUGCGUCUCCGCAUUCCACAAGUCCCAGUCUUCACAUUACCGCAUCUCCACUAGUGAAUCCGGAUAGUUUUCCACGUAACUGACAGCGCCCGAAGCCCACGCCCCACGGAGGAGCACCCUGCCGAACACUGCCCUUUAGUAUCGUUCAUUUCAAAUAGUUCUUCGUCUCUACUACUCAUUUCCGGUUCAACUCCUGCUUCGGGUUCAGCUCCGUCUUCCUUUGCUCCUCAUCCGAUUCAUUCUUUGACUCCGCUGAAAGCUUCAGCUGCUCGUUUUGAAUGGAACUGCCCGUGCGUAUUUUGCUCCAUGAUCUUGUGGAUCACACCAGUCUCGUCAACGAUAACAUCUCUGGCGGCAACGACCUUGCCACGCUUCGGGUCACAAACUCUGUAGCCGUUGCAAUGGUACCGAAAAAAAUAGGCAUUCUGUCUAGUUUCUUUCGGUGCGCUUGGGGUAUGUGGUAGUACGCAGGGCUUCCCCAGACUCACAUCACCGAGACAUUUGGUUUUUUACUCUCCCAUUUUUUUUCCUUGUAGAAGACUUACCACUGCGACCAUUGUUUGAUCUAUUGUGGUAUGCUUCACCUUACUCUUAGUGCGUACGAGCAGGUUCAUCACUAUUUGGCGAGUUGAUGUCCUUUAUUCAAGUUUGGCAACGCACUUCGUAUGAAGUUUAUUACCUCACCAGGACUUUCCUUUCAAAUUUCGGUAGGUUCUAUGUGUCCCUUACCGAAGAUACGCAAUAUGCGUUGUAUGAAUACUCGGUAUUCGCAGAGUAGAUGUUAUUUAAUCUGAGCAACACGAGACUCUUCUCGCGAUUUGACUCUAUGAAUCUUUUCGAUUGUCGUAAUCCGCUUAUGACAUCCCAGUUUGCUUUGAUGGUCACUUUCCCCCAUUCACCGAGUUCGGGUUUUAGAGCGCUCGGAGAGACUCCACAGAAAGGUUCUGGGCCAACAAAGUUAGUAGAUGACCCUUGUCUUGCUAGUAAAUCGGCCUUCUCAUUUCCUUCGAUUCCACAAUGACCAGGAACCCAGUAUAAGUUCACCUGGUUUUUCAUAGCUAACUUUCGGAGCGACAGGAUGCAUUCCCACACUUGUUUAGAGUGGCAGAUGGAAGAAUUCAGGGCUUUAAGUGCUGCCUGACUAUCACAAAAAAUGCAAAUAUUUGCGUGUCGAUAAUCUCUUUUCAGUAACGUAUUCGUGCAUUCUAUUAUCGCACAUAUUUCCGCCUGGAAUACUGUUGGCCAGUGUCCCAUAGGCUACCCUCCCAUGUUCUUGGCCAUAAUGUUCUCCAAGUUCUUCUCACUUAGAUAGCCAUAGCUCAUGACAUCUGAGGAACUUUCCUCGCGAAUACAAAGCCGAACUAUUCGCAUUCUUCGAAUCAAAACUAGCGUUGCACCGAAUGAUAGGGCUGGGAAAAAGAUUUGUUGUGGAAAGUACCGAAUUUUCAGUUUACAGAAUAAUGGUUUUAACUUGAGCUUGUCUAGGGUAAGUCACAUUAAGUCAAGAAUAAUUUGGUUUUUAAUUUUUCUCAUCUUAUCAUCAUGUUCCGUUGAAUAUUCAGCCGCCUGUUCAGCCGAAUACUCGGCCGAAUAUUCGGCCGGACGGACGGCCGAAUAUUCAACAGAACAUAAUGAUUAAAUGAGAAAAAUUAAGAACCAGAUUACUCAUCUAUUAGAGUGGAUUACCCUAGACAAAGUCUAGUUUAAAUCAUUAUUCGAUAAUCCGAAUAUUCGGUUAUUUUCAAAAAUAACUUUUCCCCAGCCCUAUUAUUCGGUGCAUCGCUAAUCAAAACCCAUUUUGUACUGGAAACCACAACCAACACCGCACGCGAGCACUUCCGAAUCACGCAGAACACAACCUUCCGGAUCGAAAAAAGAUUACAUCGGAGGUCGGGAGCAGGGCUCUACAUUUUCGAAACAAAACAAUGAAACUGAUAUACUCGUGCUGUCAUACCGAUUCGAACAGUUUCAUUUUCACUUGAUUCCUUUCGCCCACUGUCAGCGAAUCACUUCUUUCUCUCUUUCCCGUCUGUUGUUCAUCGGAUCGUUUCAAAUGAAACUAAUGACUAUUUCAAUCGACGGUGAGAGAGAUUCUUUCCUUUCCAUCAGCGUCUCAAUUGAAAUUAGCACCGCAUCGCGUCGUUUGAUGGUAGUUUUCGAAUACCGCAAGCCGUAGUUAGAACGGCAAUGGCAUCCAAUAAAUACGUCACGCAAAUACCGAUCAUUAUUUCCUCCAUAUAUAUAUAUGGGUGAAGUACUGUAUGGAAGUCUUCUGUCUCCGUCAGCGCUCAUUGUCAUUUUCAAUUGGUGAUGGUGAUGAUCUUCGCUUUCAAUUGAAAAGCGUUUGUAUCAAUUUAAAGCCCUUCAGCUGUCAGAAUCACAGCAAGAGCUUUCGACUGGGUGUCAUGUGACUCACGAAGUGCUAGGAAAUGAUACAAAAGCGUUUCAAUUGAAAGCGACGGGUCAAAGCGUCACUAUAACCUGAUAAUUGUCAAUUGAAAAAUACUUUGUCAGACUCUGGUCGGGAGCAAACAGUACAUCCUUCAAGGUACACUUGCGCUGUCGGUUACCAUUUUUCGCAAUUACUACGAUUGUUCCCGAAUAUUUCGCGAACGUGGACUUUUCGUUCAAUGCUACUGCUAUUUCGACCGGUUUCUUCAAAGGCACCAACUUUUCAAAAAGUUUUCGGUCGUUAGCCAUGUGGCACCCGAGUCGGUGAAUCCCUGUAGCCUGCCAUCUUCUUCAUCACUUGCACGACCAUUCCAGCGAAUAAACAAAAUACAAGCUUUUUCCAACAUACUGUCAUGUACUCACGAAAUGAGAACCGAUUUACACCGACGAACGGUGUCAGUGUCCUUCUGUUUCACUUGCAGUUCCUCAACUUCCGCCAUUUCACUCUGAAUGCAUUCAAGCAACUCAUGUUCUUCGAGCACUACUUGAACUCGGAACUUCCACGACACGAAGUUUGAACCGCCAAACAACGGGACGCGAACGACUUCCAGCUCCUUUUCCAUUUCGACACGGCACUUUCGUUGAAGAUGCACGUGCAAACUGGGCCCAUAACCUAAUAAAACUCGGGAUUCCGGACGUACAUCAGGAACACGAAAGUUAUAACGCACAACUAUUCAACGUGUUAAUUUUAGAAUGACUAACAAAAACAACAAAGUAGGCCGAAAACAAAACGUCAAACUUUCCGUUUACAGGUGCGUGAACACCUGUGAGUGAAAUUGUCUCUCAUCCAUUAGUAAUUGACAAUUUUCUGGCCUUUAGAAGCACUUUUCGGCGAUUCUGAGCUCAAUUUGGGAUCAUUUUCUCUUUUGGCCUUUUGUUAGGCAUUUAGAAGCACUUUUCGUCGAUUCCGAGCUCAAUUCUAUUUUGGCCUUUUCUAGCCAUUAGAAGCAAUUUUCGGCAAAUUUGGGAUCAUUUUCUGUUUUAACCUUUUCUGGCCUUUAAACUUUUCAGCGAUUCUGAGCUCAAUUUGGAAUCAGUUUUCAUUGUGGCGUUCAGGAGCACUUUUCAGCGAUUCUGAGCUCAAAUUGGGAUCCUUUUCUAUUUUGGCCACUUUUCAUCGAUUUUGAGCUCAAUUUGGGAUCAUUUUCUCUUUUGGCCUUAUCUGGGUUUUAGACUCACUUUUCAGCGAUUUGGAAUCGAUUUGGGAUUAGGGAUGGAAAAUAUCGACUAAAAUGGCUAUCGAUAAUUAUCGAUAAAUUCCCUAAUGCCAUCGAUAACUAUCGAUAAUUACCGAUAGUUUGACAACUAGAACCAGAUGAAGAAAAACAACAAAAUGUUGCUCCCGUUGUGGACAGGAACAAUAGUUAAAAGUUUAUUCGCACACAUAAUUCGCACUUAGGCGAAAUCUUGUCGUUGUCCGUAUAAGGUAGAGUGAGCGAAAAUGAGUAUCCCUCAAUUUUCUAACGAUUUUAAUGAGGAUUUCAUGUGAAAGCAAACAAUCAUCGAAUUCUCUUUAAACAAAGUCUAGGCCAAUAUAUUUUUUCAGUUCUGGCAUCAUUGUGGAGUAUAAAUGCCAAUGCGAGAAAAAUAUCAAUAACUAUCGAUAACGCGGAAAGCUUAACGAUUCUAUCGAUAGCCGGCAACUAUCGAUACUAUCGAUAAUUAUCGAUAGGUUUCCCAUCCCUAUUUGGGAUCAUUUUCUAGAAAAGGCCAAGUUCUGGCCAUUAGAAGCAGUUUUCGGCGAUUCUGAAUUUGGGAUCAGUUUCUAUUUUAGCCUUUUCUGGCCUUUAGACUCACUUUUCAGUGAUUCUGAGCACAAUUUGGAAUCAUUUUCCAUUUUGGCCUUAAUUUGGGAUCAUUUUCCAUUUUGGUCUUCAGAAGCACGUUUCGGCGAUUCUGAGCUCAAAUUGGGAUCAUUUACUAUUUUGGCCUUUAAAAGGGUUUUUCGGCCAUUCUGAGCUUAAUUUGGGAUCAUUUUGUAUUUCGGCCUUUUUCAGGCUUUUAGAAGCCCUUUUCAGCGAUUCUAUCAUUUUCUAUUUUGUUUUUUUCUGGCCUCUAGAAGGAAGCAUUUGAUAAUCGACAUCGUAAAUGCAACCAAUUUCAAGUUAUUUUGAAUUUGAGUUAGAAAAAAUAGAAAAUAAACAUUAAAUUAUACAAUAAAGUUGAGUAGAACCUAUGCCAGAAUGCAUACGCCGUUUAAGAAAAUUACUCUCGAGUCCAGAAGAUGUCUUCAUCUGGAAAAAAUACUCAGUUUGCUAAGCCGAAUACGUGUGCAAAGUUUCAUUCAAAUCAAAGCUGAGUCAUUUGGCGACAUCCGGGUGAGAAGCCUAAAUCUAAAAAGAAGCAAGAAGGCAAACAGGUGAAUCAGUGUGUUAGUUGUUUGUGACAUAGACGUAAUUCCUUUUUUUGGUUGAAAUUGUUUCCUUCUUUAAAACCCCUUUUCUCCUGUGUGUGAGAUGAGGUUACCAAAUUGGCAAUACAAAAUUGUGAUCGGCAGCAUUUCCCUUCGUGUCGUGUGUAACAAAACAAAAACAAAGAACGCAGCCAGAUUGUCGUCGGUUGGGAAAUGGCUGCCCCCUCGGAAAUUGGCUGUCAAAAUUGUGCUACUAGCAGAGGGAGCAAACGCUAGAAGAAAAAAAAACUUAGUCUUAUUGCAGAAUCAAAAUUCAACAAGCAUUGUGAUACGAAUCGGCUUAAUAUUAAUUCACGCGAAACCAAGCGAGCGCAGCAAAACUUUAUUUGUUAAUUGUUCUGUGAAAUUACGUUGGUAAAAUCGAAACUAACGAGAAGAAAAAAAAAACUUUCGGCUUUACGUUCGGGAUACCAAUUAGAUAAGGUGUAAACAAAAUGGUGCUUUGAUAUUAGGAAGGAAAACCACAAACACACAUACACUAACAUACAUAUGUUCAUGUUCACGGUGAACGCUCUAUUGUUUUUAAAUGCUAUGAGAAAAUGAAUACAGUUUUUGUAUAUAUUUUUGUUACCUUUUUCUCGAGAUGAAAAAAAAGUCCAGGAAACUCAUGUUUACCAAUUUCCCUCUAAAAAGCAGAAAACAAAAAAUAUUGAUGUGUGAACAUAGUCAUUAAUCAUCAUCGGAGGUAAGCUACAACAAUAAAAAAAAGGAAUCGUAUAUACAUCCAACACAAUAAGAAAAAUGAUAUGUAUGUAUUUUCUGUCCAAAUUUACAUAUAUACAUUGAGGGAGGAAGUGCGAAGCUAAAAAUAAACUUUUCAGAAGACAACAAAAAAAAACACUAAGGAUAUAUAUGAAACUUUAUAUUUUCAUGAAAUGUCUAAAUGUGAUAUAGGUUAUACUAUGAAGAAAAAAAAUUAAACAAAAACGCGCGAUGAUGCAUUAAAAAUAUGAACAACUAAUUUUAAUUUUUAGGAUGCUAAAACAAAAUGAACUGGAGUAUAUUUAGGUAUCUUUUAUAAUCGAAAUUAGAAACUCGAGUACACACACACACACUUGAGAGAAAUCAUCAUCUUCAGAGCGAGUAUAAACAAAAAUUCGAGAUACGAGACACGAGUGGAACCAUAAAAAAAACUGAAGGACUAUUUAGAAGUACCGAAAUUAUAUACAACCAAAAAUCAAAACUAAACAAGAACAAAAAAAAACAAAUCAUAAAAAAACAUAUGGAUUAGUAAACUUUGUGGUCCAAAAGAAGAGAAAAACUAAACUAAACAGGUUUUGUAGAGAGAAAACAAGAAUAAUUCAAACAUCACCUUUCGAAAAGCGACGAUCGAUGAAAUAACCUACACUAGCGGAGAUCACAUAUUGCGAGACACGAUUAAUGACUUUAUCAUCACAGCUCUAGUAUCGAUUUUGGUCACUAGCGAAGUACUAGAGAUCCUAGCAAGACGAAUGGAAGAAAACAAAAAUACAAUCCCCAAGAAAGAAAAAAAAACUUUCAGUGCAAAUGUAGAGCAGCUUAGAAAAGGCAAUCUGUUUCAACUUUUAAAUUUCCUUUUUCGGUAUUUACUGUUUCUCAGUUAGUAUUUCAACCAACAAAAAACAAUAGCCAUGCAAACAAAACACUUUAACACAAGUACACAGACACACAUACACGAGUUCACCACCACCACCACCAGUAAUAACCAGCAAGCGACAGAGGCAAGGUUUUAAUUUUCCACCACCACCAAUCAAAGCAAAGCGUAUUUCAGAAAUAGCCAAUAGACAAUUACACAAACACACCCACUUAAAAAUAGUAAUAACAACAACCAACAACAGCAGCAGCAGCCAACCAGGUAUAAGUUUCUUAUACUGAACAGAUAAAUACAGAUACAGAACAGCUAAUUUGCCACAGGAUUAAUCUUAACCGAACAACAAUAGCAGAAAAUAAACAAACAAACAGCGACAGUGGAGCUCUGCGUGUCGUGUAUGGAUUGCAUUUUCACCGGCACACACACACACUUUUAAACGUAAGCAUUCCACCACCACAAAAAGGUAAACGCGCAUUUAUAAAGGGGCGGAAAAAAGUACUAGCAGCAAAAAAAAAACAAAACAACAAUUCAGGGAGACAGACGACCGCCGCGAACGUCAAAAAUUAACAUCACAUUCCUCUAACGCAAACUCAUCAAUACACACACACGUGUGUGUGUGUGUGUGUGUGUGUGAGUGUGAAUGUGAGAAGUGCCGAUCAGCAGAGCUUCGCUACUAUUAUUUUGAGCAACCGUCUCUUGCUGAAAGCAAAAAAAAAAAACAAACAGCGAGAGAGAGCGUAAGAGAGAACGGUAAAACGGAGUCUACUUUGUUUUUUCGUAUUUUCACAUCGUAAUGACAGGUUAGCUUUGCUUUUACUGCAUAAUACCAAAAAGUUAGGAUGAAAAACAAAAAUAGCAGAGAAAAACUGGUUAUUUUUGAAUCUUUUUUUUUCGAGUUUUCGUUUUUACUUUAUUUCCUAUAACUAUGCAGUGCAGACUACACGAACGAGUCAUUCCAAAAACGAAAAUCUAAUGAACAUACAUAUGAAACGGAACAGAAGAAACUAGAAAGGGAAGAAUAUUGAUUAAUUUCAUGAUUGUUACGUUUUGAUAUUUACUCUAUUUUCUAGAAAGCUCAUAUUUUUCAUAAACUUACUCUUUAGUUCAUGUUUUUGUGUCUAUUUUCUCUUUUUAUCACUAUUAUUAUAAUUUUUUUAACUCUAUCAUAAGAGCAUUAUUGAUUUUACAAAAAGACAAAGUUAUAUUUUUUCGCGAUAAGUACGAAACCGUUUGUUUUAGGAGUACUAAUAAUCACCUAGCAGCUUUAAGCGUACACUUUCAUGUUGUCUUCUUCCUAAGUUUGAAGGUUGAUGCGAAGCUCGUUCGCAUUCGUAAAGUUUAUGUUAGUUAAGUUUCCUUUACAUUGUGCUCUGAAAUGCCUCAUGGAUGCGCAUCAAUGGUGUGCGAAUCCAGCCCCGUUUAAGUUUAAGCAGCUCGUAGAAGAAAUAAAUCAAUAUUCUCAACACGAUGUUCACACAACACGCAGAAACGGAAAGCAUUUUAUACUUAACCCGAGUCCUGUGCGUGCAGGCGAAUCCCGGUGCCCAGUCAGGCCCGGCCAAGAGAUUCUUUUACGCGCAACACUGGACGAAAAGAAGACGCGUUGCCAGAGGAACGAGUUAAACAAAAAAGGCAUAUGAGUUAUCAGCAACGUAAGCGAAGAAAGAAAAAUAUAAAUGUAAAAUAUUGUAAGCAAAGCAGAAACAAUAGAAAUAAAUUUAUUGAUCAAAGUAAAAACAAAAAAAACAGAUAGUAGGAUUUAUCAGCAAGAAAGGCGUAACAAUAAGGAUGACUAGUAAUACAACUCUAUAAACAAGACAGUAAAUAAAAUCGCUUCAAUCAUACAACCGUUAGUUUCUUUGGUUUUCUUUUUGCAAUUGUAUCGUUUACUUGUACAUACAGCAUAGCUAAAGCAAGUUCAAUAGGUUACGAUUUGUUGUUGUUUUGAGUCCCAAGUUCUGUUUUCUUUUUUACCUCUUAACACUCACCCGAAAACCAGAAUCAGAUUCGUGCGUUCACCGUUAAAAUCCGCAAGCAGCGAUUGUAAAUACAGCCGAGGGGCAAACCUUUUGAUUUUUUUUGUCCUUCUCACAAACUGCAGUAAUAGAACCGUUGUAAUUGGUAUAACACAGAUUGAUAAUUUUCUUCAACGCAAUUCAUAAGCAAAAUCAGCAUUAAUAAAUACAAUUACUAAUUGCAAUAAAACCGAGAGGAAAAAAAUACGAUUCGAAAUAUCUCUUGCAGCAACCAUGUAAACAGGAAAAAAAUAAUAAAUGAAAAAAGUAAACAAAAAAAAGCAGAUCACUACUUACAAUAGAAAACCAGCAAGAAAAUACAAUUUUAAGGAAAUAGUCCAGUUACAAUCCAAGCAGGCUUUCGACAGAAACAAAAUCAACCGCAUGAAAACCGGUGAUGAUGAUUAUGACGAAGAAAACCCAAACGAACGAAAAAAAGCGAAGAAUCAGACCACCAGGCAAGACAACAACAAUCCUGAUUUGAAGUAAAAUAAACCAACAGCAACAACAACAGAAGGAAACUCACUCACACGCAGACACACACAGAUACAAACACGGAAACACCGGAACAGUUACACACACACUCACACACAGACUGGAAAAAAAUAUAGAGUAACAAUCCAUAGCCACUUUUUUCUAUCAUUUGUUUUGGCGAACGUUGCAACCCAAAACGGGCACAAACAACAACAUAAAGUGGAAUAAAACGCGUCUCGAAGGGUCCGAUCUUUUUCUGUUGAAUAAAAGGAGGCUUUUUUGAUUUUUUUUCUUCUAAAUCACACACGGCCAGUGCGUGCGCCCAAGAAUCGAUCAAGGCCCUAAAUGUUGUGCCAGUUUAUGUUAUAAGAAACGCAUGCAAAGCCAAGCGGGGAAAAAGGAAAAAAACUUACACUAGAGGUAAUAUUAGCGUGAUGGACCCCUGGGGGCAAGUCUCCCGGAUUCUUUCUAGACACACGCAGUAGGCGUAGAUUAAAAAAUGCUGGACGAAAUUCACCGCAGAAGGAAAAGGGAAAAAGCAGCAGCAGCAGCAGCAGGUUCGAAGUGGGUUUGUCAUUUUUUCUUUUUUUUUGUACAGAAAACGAAAUGUUUCAAUCAAAGUGUCGGGAUCAGUAGCAAGCAAAUUAAUUCGUUAUUAUUUUAGCCAUAGUUUAACUGCUAGGUGUAAGAAUGAAGCCAAUGGUUACAAUGUAAGGUCUAGUAGUAAGGCGUAUGAACAUAUAUAAAUACUAUUAUAUUUUUUUAAUUUGUUAAGCAAUAUUAAUUUCACGUCACAAGAGGAAGUACAACGGAGCGAAACUUCUGUUGAGAUGUUAUUUUUCUACUGAGUAGCAUUUAAACAAACAAAAAAGGGUGUCGGAUAGAUUAUUCAUACGGUCACACUCUCACAGUCUGACAGACGCAAAUCCACCGCCCGGGUUACAACGUUAUUCACGAACACUAUCUCAAACAGUCAAAAAAAAACAGACAAGCAAUAACCAGCAAACAGUUUCAAACAGAUGCAAUACAUUUUUGAGUUCGAACCCCGUUUAGUUCUCAGUCUUACAACCGGAAAUCAAAAAUCUAAAAAAAAACACAACCAGAAAGUUCAGAAGAGUCGAAAGAAAGUCCAAAAUUGCUAACCAGACAAAAAAAGAAGACUGAAACCACCUUAGAACGCUUUUAAAUUCUGACGAAAAGAAGCAAAACAAAAAACUGCGAGAAAUCUUUUUCAAUUCAUUUUUUUAAAGAGAGAAAAAAAUCAUUUUGGGACCAACACCUCAAAAAUCAGCUUCUAUACGGUUCUUUCAGAUCUAAUUCAGAGAAGAAGAGAAAAGCAUGUCCCAAACAUGUAGAAGCCAACCAAGAAAAAUAAAAGUUCGAAAAAUGAUAACUUCAAUGCCUUUUAUGUAUGACAGCUGCAGUCUAUUCUGAAGCAGAAAAAAAACACACACACUCGAAACUCGAAAAUUUACAUGUAAGCAAACUUACAAGGUCACCCCUGGUAAACAGAAGAGAGAAGAAAAAAAACGAAGAAAUAUGAGUAGAACAAAUACCUGACCGCGCACACACUCACACACUCUUCAAACAGACGUGUGUAAAAAAACAAAGCACCAGUAAAGCAGAACAUUCUGAAAAAAAAACUGGACAAGAAAAUCACAUAGUAUAAAACUGGAAAGGAUUGUUAUCACCGAAAAAAAAACCGGAAGAGCUUUUCUUCCGAACCGCGAGCUCCUAGCAUGCAGGAGAGAGAAAGAAAGAAAAAAAAAUACAGAAACGUAAACAACCGCAUCUCGAUGCAAACUAACAGUCUCACAUCAACAAAAACACACACUAACAUGAACACACACUGACACAGAUAUGAACAUUGUUCGCACGUAACGUUCCGUUUGGGAGCCCCAAAGAUGAUGGCAAGUAAAUGAAGAAGAAACGAAUCCACACAUACACAGACAAACAAAACCACACACACACACAAACACAAGCAGAAGGUGAAAUCGUGAGUAAGACAGCCGAUAAAUCUUGAAUGGGAAUAUAAUUCAACAAGAAUAUAAUUAUUAUUGUAAUAUAUUUAUAAUGUGAAUUUGGAAUAUAACCAGUAUUUAUUAUACUGUAAUAAAAAUAUAUUUAAAAAUA